AUUCAUAUUGAAAUGAGAAGCGCAGGAUCAAUGUUGAUAGGUGAAAAACCGGUGAAAAUUUCAUCAAUCUGUGUACAGAAUCAUUCUGUGUACCAUCUAUCAAGGCAUCGAGUGUUCGUGCUGUGUUCGUGCAUCUAUGGUAUAUUAAACAAUUUGAAUUCAACACGUCAAGGAUUAACAAAUCGAGAAUCUACUGAUCACGUUUGAUGUAGAUUUCUUCCAAAUAUUUAGUCCUGAUAAUAUGUUUCUGGAAGUUUUUCUACUAGUUGCGUUUUUUAAUUUGAAUUCUGUAGUACAUUGUGUACAAUCGAAAGAGGUAUUAUACCAAAAAAAAUUUCCUCCUUGCAAGGCAUGUAAGGUGUUCAUUGAUAGUUUUAAAAAAGGUAUAGAGCAAACUGCCAAAGGAAAAUUUGAUGGAGGAGAUACUGCUUGGGAAGAGGAGAAGUUGGGUUCAUAUGCUAAUAGUGAGAUUCGUUUGACUGAAAUACAAGAAAAUAUAUGCACUGAUAUUGUUGAGGGUAGAGAUCAAUGUUAUUCUAUUCAUGAAGAAUACGAUGAUGUAUUGGAAGAAUGGUGGUUCCAAAAGCAAAACGAUGAUCCAGACAUUUUUAAGUAUUUUUGUAUAGAUCAAAUCAAAUCUUGCUGUCCUGAAUAUCAUUUUGGUGAAAACUGUACACCUUGUGAAGGUUUUCCAGAUAAUAUCUGCAGUAAAAAUGGAAAAUGUAAGGGAGCAGGUACCAGAAAGGGAAAUGGUAAAUGCCUAUGUGACACUGGUUAUGCAAACGACAAAUGUGAUAAUUGUGCAGAAGGCUAUUUUCAGUCUCCUAAAGAUGAUAACAAGCUGACAUGCUCAAAGUGUCAUUCUUCUUGUGAUGGGCCUUGUACAAAGGCAGGGGCUACAGGAUGUACUAAAUGUAGAGAUGGUUGGAUUAUGGAUGAUAACGAUGGUUGUAUUGAUGUUGAUGAAUGUACCUCAUCGAAGUCCCCAUGUAAAACUGGAAAAUUUUGUGUGAAUAAUAUAGGUUCUUACCAAUGUUUAUUCUGUGAUCGAUCAUGCCAAUCUUGUACUGGGGAUGGACCAGACAUGUGUGACAAAUGUGCAGAAGGUUACAUAAUGAAACACAAAAGAUGUGUGGAUGCAGAAGAGGAAAGUAGAAAACAGUACCUGAAUUUUACCAGAUAUUUAUUUUAUAUCGGCUUAUGUAUUGCCACGUAUAUAGUUUUUAAAAAGAACAUCGUGCUAGCAGCCAUCAUUGGAGCAGCAGUGUCUAUUUAUGUCAUUAUGUCAGAGUACUUGGAUCCUCACGCCAACCCAAGAGAUAUAGCACUCAUACAAAAAAUCCCCGGGUGAAGCUGUUCAUUGAAUUUAUUUAAUUGAAUAGUCAUUGUCACCAUAGUAUAGAAUUUUGUGACACAAUCACAAAUUAAAUGUCUAUAUGUGAAAAA